CACACUAUCUUGGGCUUGCUCUUUGAGGAAAGAAUACUAUUUGACAGAUAGUAUUGAGUUGUUUACGUGUUUCGUAGACCGUAUAUGUUCCUCUACUUGGUUUUUGUUCGCCGUUAAUCGAAUUGUACGGUUUGAAAAAAGCCAAAGGCCAACAUUUGUCGCCAGUGUGGCGCGGCUGUUUAUUCACUAAACGCGUCGCCACUGAGGCGCCAUUGAAACAUUUGAUAGUUCGAGUUGUAAGGAUUGGUGUUCACAGUAUAUGUUUGGGCCGCUGAACUCCACUAUCUACUGCGCUUAGCUGAGAUUUGCAAGUUCGUUCGUUGAAUUGUUUCAGUGCUAGCGUGUUACUGAACGAAAACCGACGAAUAAGCACUCAGAGUAACGAAAAAAGUGGACAAGAUGACUACGAUGGCCUCGCUGUUUUCGUUCACCCCUCCUGCCGUGAAAAGACUCCUUGGCUGGAAGCAAGGCGACGAGGAGGAAAAAUGGGCUGAAAAAGCCAUUGAGUCUCUGGUUAAAAAGCUUAAAAAGAAAAAGGGCGCCUUGGAAGAGCUGGAGAAAGCUUUGUCCAACCCUGGACAACCUUCGAAAUGUGUCACAAUCACGCGCAGUUUGGAUGGUCGCCUUCAAGUCUCUCACCGAAAGGGUCUGCCGCAUGUAAUCUACUGUCGCGUUUGGCGAUGGCCCGAUCUUCAAAGCCAUCACGAGUUAAAGCCUUUAGAUUGCUGUGAAUAUGCCUUUGGGCUAAAGCAGAAAGAAGUCUGUAUUAAUCCCUACCACUACAGACGUGUAGAAAGCCCAGUAUUACCACCAGUUCUUGUUCCGAGGCAGAGCGAAUAUCCAAGGCCUCCUCCACCGUUGCCUUCUCCAUUCCGAAGCGCCGAUGACCCACCGAUGCCUUACAAUGCUUCUUUUCCAUUCCAAAAUCGACAAAAUCAACUCGAUCACAGUGCAAACACCUUUGAUAUGCCAGACACACCUACAGGCUACAUGUCUGAAGAUGGUGGAUCUCCUCGUCCUGUUGACCCAAAUGCCAUGGAAGUAGAUAAUGUGAACUCCCCACCAGCUGUAUCACCACAGACAGAUUUGCGCCAUGUAACCCCAGUUAAUUACCAAGAGCCGUCUUCAUGGUGUUCUGUCUCUUACUAUGAGCUGAAUAACAGAGUUGGUGAACAGUUCCAGGCAAGCUCAACCAGCAUCUUUGUAGAUGGAUUCACAGAUCCUAACACAGCAAACUCCGAGAGAUUCUGUUUGGGUCUCUUGUCUAAUGUUAAUCGCAAUUCGACCAUUGAAAGUACAAGACGACAUAUUGGUAAAGGAGUGCAUCUGUAUUAUGUUGGUGGAGAGGUUUUUGCUGAAUGCCUCAGUGACUCUGCAAUCUUUGUGCAGAGUAGAAAUUGUAACCACAUUCACGGCUUUCAUCCAACAACAGUGUGCAAGAUUCCUUCAACAUGCACCCUUAAAAUUUUCAACAGCCAAGAAUUUGCCCAGUUGCUUUCACAAUCUGUCAAUUAUGGUUAUGAGGCAGUGUAUGAGUUGACGAAGAUGUGCUCUAUUCGCUUGAGUUUUGUCAAAGGCUGGGGAGCUGAGUAUCACCGCCAAGAUGUUACCAGUACACCGUGCUGGAUUGAAAUCCAUCUGCAUGGUCCCUUGCAGUGGCUUGACAAGGUGUUGAUUCAGAUGGGGUCACCUCGAAAUCCAAUUUCUUCUGUUUCCUGAGAACUUGAGUGAAGUUAAUUUGGUAACACUGCGCCUAAGUGGCAUCGUUUUAUUUGGGAUGUUGGGUUUAUGCUGUUGGCUUUGAAAGCAGUUUAUGAAUCAGUGUUCAAAACUUUAUUUGCUCCUGUAUAAUUGUGUAGUUGCACUAUUUUGCUAAAUCCAUAGAGACCUAAAAUUCAGGCUUUUGAUGAGCAAGUUUUCUCCCAAGUUAAGGAGCACUGCUUGCAAAGAGUAAACAUAAUAGUUGUUCAUAUUAUACAUAUUCCAUACUUUUUGAUUCAAAUCAAAGUUCUCUUUAUCCUAACAAAAGAAAAUAUAUUAUUACUCUGCCUUGUUAUAUGAAAAACAUUUCUUGUCUCAUUAUGAAUGCAUAUUAAAAAUGUACUAUCUUCUGGUUUAUGUUUGAAUACUACGUUUGGUUUACUAUUACCUCCCUUGGUCUGAUGGUAAUUUCAUCUUUUUUUUAAUGCAGCUCAUCUCUUUGCCUAUAAGUUUAUACAGUAGUGGUUUCAUACAGGUGGAAGCCUUUAGUUUAGAGAAUGUUUCUGUUACCCUUUGCAUUAGUAUCUGCUUUACAAAAUAGUGAUAUCUUGAGGAAAAUUUAGUAGUGUAUCAUUCUGGAGGUGGGGAGGGUGGGGGCGAAAGCUUAACCUUUUCACUCCAAAGAUCUAACUAAUAUCUUUCCCUAUUAGGUGUCAGAGAAUUCCUUGUAAGUUAGUGAGAAGUAGUAAAAUGCAACAGCAGCUGCUUUUGGUGAAAGGCAUGUUUAGUAGUGAUAAGUAACAACUGCUGUAACAGAGAUGAAAUAAAGUAAUCUUUUCGUGGAUGAAA